AUAUAGAGGAAAAACACACAAAUUCUCCUCUCUCUCUCGCUCUUAUCCAUUAAUUGAUUCCGCUAAUAACCGCCAAAUUUCGCAACAAUUGUACAGCCCUUGUUCUCGAAUCUCUAUUAGAUCUUCAUUCAGGCAUUCCUAAGAAGGAAGAACUAUACAGAUUUCUCUGGUUACUAUUUUUCUAACGCUUCAACAUCCCAAUUAUCGAUUUGGAAUGAAAGGUUUUCCGGAUUGGGGGUUCGAACACAUUUAUGCGGUGCUGAUUAGCCGUGUUGUUUUCAUCCUCCCGCACGGUUAUACUUAUCAGUGUGCCAUCCAUUUGUAGCGGAUUUAUUAUCCUGGCAUAAUGUCAGAACCGGAUGUGAUUAAACCUGAGAUGAUGAGGUCUUAUAUAUGGCUUCAAACUGCUGAUGGGUCGAUUCAACAAGUGGAACAGGAGGUUGCUAUAUUUUGUCCUUUGAUAUGUCAUGAGAUACAUGCAGGCAUGGGAUCUUCAAAAACCUAUCCAAUCUCUCUUCCAGCCCGAGUAAAUCCCGUCACAUUAAGUUUAAUCCUCGAUUAUUGCCGAUUUCAUCAGGUCCCAGGGCGCUCUAAUAAGGAGCGGAAGUCGUUUGAUGAGAAGUUUAUCCGUAUGGACACAAAUAGGCUCUGUGAGUUAACAUCUGCUGCUGACAGUCUGCAAUUAAAGCCAUUAGUUGAUCUUACCAGUCGGGCACUUGCAAGAAUGAUUGAAGGGAAAACUCCUGAAGAGAUCCGUGAAACUUUUCAUAUACCCGAUGAUCUAACAGAGGAAGAGAAAUUGGAGCCUUUGAAAAAUAUAACUGAUGAUCCACGGAUCCGACUAUUGAAUAGACUAUAUGCAAGAAAGAGGAAAGAACUAAAAGAAAAAGAGAAACUGAAGAAUGUUGAGGUUGAAGCAGAGCAUGUAGAUGAUCGUUCAGUCGAUGAACUCCUGUCAUUUAUCAAUGGAGAAAAUGGAGAUUCAAAGGAAGUAAAAACAGUAAAGAACAAAAAGAAAAAUCGCAGAAGAAAGGACCAACAGAAGAAUGCUCCUGUAUGCACAAUCUCAAACAGCUCUGCAGCUCCAAACAAUGCCAUCAAGGAAUCAAAUGGCAUUAGUUCAGUGGGUCAUGAUGACAGGGUCAAAGGUCAUUGUCUACCCAAUAUCAAUGAGCUUUUGAAGUUACAAGAUUCAGAAGAUGAUAGAUUCGGACUCGAGGAUGAAUUUGAUGAUUGUGAUAUAGGUGAUGGGAUAGAUCCUGAAAUAAAAGAGCAAAUUGACAGAGAAGUGGAGGACUUUGCUCGAAGGUUGAAUUCAGAUUGGCCGGAGAGAGUGCAAGAGCUUUUAUCGCUAGGCCAAGAACGGAGACCAAGUUUAUAUACUGUUAAUGGAAAUGGGUGCUCAGCAAGACGUUCAAGUUCAACAGGGGUGGAGAAGCAUGAGAAGUGAUCUCUAUAAUGACCAAAAAGACUUCUUGAUUUUUGACCUUCAGAAAAGAGAUUAGAAGAAAUGUAUGCAUUCUCUACUCAAAAACUGUAAACCACCUAAUUUGUGUUUUUUUUCUUCUAAAAAGUCAAAGUCAAACCCAAA